AUGGGCGACUUCCCGUGGCUCCAAUCGCCAGCCAAAAGGGCACCUGGACCAGUGUAUUUUAUAUGGAGAACCCGCUGCGCCAGGGUGCUGACAAAGCAGCCAUGCGGGGCAAAGCAGCCGCGCCAGCCAACACAACCAGCCACGCUGGCGACCCAUGGGCCUGGUGAGAGUCAAAGAGGCGCCUGGGGACCAUAUCCACCUGGACCACUGGCUCCUCCUCCACCAACUUAUCCUUUUGGACCAGGAUUUUUCCCACCACCCUAUGUUCCAGGGAGAUUUCCACCACCCCUUCCUCCACGCUAUGGUCCAGAGAGAAUCCCACCACCCCCUCCUCCACCCUAUGUUCCAGGGAGAAUCCCACCACCCCCUCCUCCACCCUAUGUUCCAGGGAGAAUCCCACCACCCCCUCCUCCACCCUAUGUUCCAGGGAGAAUCCCACCACCCCCUCCUCCACCCUAUGUUCCAGGGAGAAUCCUACCAUCCCCUCAUCAUCCCCUUUAUCGCCCAGGUUAUCCACAGCCACCUUUCCAACCAAGACCCUAUCCACCUGGACCUCUAUUUUUCCCUGUAAAUUCUCCAACUGAUCCUACCCUCCCUACUUUGGCACCCCAAAUACGAACAACUCCAAAAGAAACCAUCACCACCACAGAAGAUACCAUCACCCUUACAACUACUGCUGCUGCUAACAAAAAUGAGAAUUUCAACACUACUUCAAAGAGACUAUUAGACAAAAUCACUUCCAUUAUUGGAUGAGAAUGAAAAAUUCCAAAGCACUGAGUUUUUGAGAGAAAUAUCUUAUAGAGAAAUUGUGAAACAAUCCCCAAAAACCUUUAUAUUAAUAGGGAAAAAUAAA